ACGGCAAUGGUCCCGAGCAGGUCUCCUCCGUUCCCCCUCCCCCUGUCGAGUCAAAAAGCGCACCCGAAGCGGCCAAGCAGCAAAACCUUCGCCCCUAAGCCUCGCCCCGCCUCGCCAAAUCAAACCCCACGGGCGCACGACACAGAUUCACCCGCGCGCCUCCGCUGCAGCCAAGCGUCGCCGCCGCCGCCGCCGUCUUGCCUCCGAUUUCGUUCUCGCGCCACCCCAGUAUCUCACCAGUCACCACCAUGGGUGACGCCGCCACCGCCGCCGUCGCCGCCGACGCCGACGCCGCCGCGACAGAGGAAGUACAUAAGGAGGAUCCGGAGAUUGUAGCGAGAUGGUACCAGCUGGAGGCGCUGGAGCGGGCCAUGAGCGGGAACACGGUGGCUUUCCUGGACACGGGGGCCGGGAAGACGCUCAUCGCGGGGCUGCUGCUGCGCGCGUACGCGCACCGCGUGCGGAAGCCGGCGCGGGAUUACGCCGUCUUCCUCGUCCCCACCCGCGUGCUCGUGGAGCAGCAGGCACGGGUCGUCGAGGCGCAUACCGACCUCCGCGUGUCCAAGUUCACCGGCGACAUGGGCGUCGACUUCUGGAACGCCGCAAUCUGGCGCCGCGUGGUGGACGACGCCGAGGUGCUUGUCAUGACGCCGCAGAUCCUCCUGGACAACCUCCGCCACAGCUUCUUCAGUCUCCAGGACAUCGCCCUGCUCAUCUUCGACGAGUGCCACCGCGCCAAGGGCAACUCCCCGUAUGCGUGCAUUCUCAAGGAAUUCUACCACCCUGUAAUGAAUUCUAGACCACGGGGCCCUCUGCCGAGGAUAUUUGGGAUGACUGCUUCACCCACAGAUUCAAAAAAUCUGCUGCAAGAGAGCUAUUCUAAACGAAUCGUCGAACUGGAGAAUCUAUUGAAUUCAAAGGUGUACACAGUUGACAAUGAAUCGGCUUUAUCGGAAUACAUACCAUUUGCCACUACGAGGAUUGUGCAGUACGAUGAUUAUAUCAUCCCAUCCAACUCACAUAACCAUAUCAAGAGUUGUUUGGACAGGUUGCAAGAAAAGCAUUUAGAAGUCCUCAAGGCAAAUCUACAUGGAUUGUCUCGGAAAAAUGCGAAGAAAGGGAUAUCAAAAUUACACAAGGCAUUCUUAUAUUGCACAGCUAAUCUUGGAGUAUGGCUAGCAGCAAAGGCUGCUGAGAUACACUCAACAACUAAUGAACAAUUCUUAUCUUUCUGGGGUGAAGAACUGGAUAAGAAUGUUGAAGGCUUUGUUAGAAGCUAUAGUGAAGAAGUAUACAGGGAACUCUCAUGUUUUUCAAAGAGAGGUCAUAUUGGUGAAGAUUUUGCAGCUGAUUUGCAAGAUGGGUUAUUGACACCUAAAGUUCAUUGUCUUGUUCAGUUUCUUCUGGAAUACAGGCACAUGCAAGACUUAAGAUGCAUUGUAUUUGUCGAGAGAGUUGUUACAAGCAUUGUAUUGGAGUCUCUCCUGUCCACUAUCAAUCAAAUGCCUGGGUGGAUUGUUAAACACAUUGCAGGAAACAGACCUAUGUUUCACAACCAGAGUAGAAAUAAACAAACGGAAAUUGUUGACGCCUUUAAAGGAGGAAAGGUACAUAUAAUUGUGACCACACAAGUAUUGGAGGAGGGGCUGAAUGUGCCAGGUUGUCACUUAGUAAUUCGCUUUGAUCCCCCAACAACUGGGCGCAGCUUUAUACAGUCACGUGGUCGAGCUCGGAUGCCAAACUCUGACUAUGUUUUGCUUGUUAGAAGGGGGGAUGCAGAGGCCCACUCUAAGACACUGAAGUUUCUUGCAAGCGGGCAAAUAAUGCGGGAAGCAUCUCUGAAGCUUGCAUCUACUAUGUGUCAACCACUUGAAGACACCUUGUUGCAGGAAGAAUAUUACCGUGUUGAAUCCACUGGAGCAACUGUGACUAUGAACUCCAGUGUCCAGUUGAUAUAUUUUUUCUGCUCGAAGCUCCCAUCUGAUGAAUACUUUAAACCUCUACCAAGAUUCAUUAUUGACAAGGAACUACGUACUUGCACCCUGUACCUUCCCAAUAGCAGCCCUGUGCAGGCUGUUAAUACAGAAGGAGAAGUUUCUGCCCUCAAAAAGGCAGUUUGUCUUAAGGCCUGCCGAGAAUUACAUGCUGUCGGCGCUCUAACAGAUUAUCUGUUACCAGAAUUUGGUUUUCCAUGUGAAGAAGAACCCGACAUUGUUGUUGAGAAAUACCAACACGAGCAGCCUGAGUACUUUCCAGAGGAAUUUGUGUACAAUUGGUUAUACUUUUCUCGUCUUGGAAUAUAUUAUUGCUACAAGAUUUCAGUAGAAGGGUGCUUGAAAACAACUUAUUGUCCAAAUGAUAUACUUCUAGCUGUGAAAUGUGAUUUGGGACCAGACUUUGUCUCUACCUCACUAAAAUUGUUUGGUGAGCAAGACAAUGCUAGUGUUGCCAUGAAAUAUGUGGGAAACAUUCAUUUGAAUCAAGAACAGGUAGUUAUGGCAAGAAGAUUUCAGACUAGCAUUCUUUCUUUGCUUAUUAAUAAAGACCAUUCUGAGGUCAUUAAUGCUGUCAAAUACUCCCAUGAGAUGCAAGUGUCCACUGGAAUUGUCUAUCUACUGCUACCCUUAGUUUGUGGCAAAGUUGAUUGGUGCAGUAUGAAGUUCUCGACCUCGCAAGUAUAUGAUGCCAGUAACAAGGAUAUCAGACAUUGCCAUUCUUGUAAACAAGUUGAUUUACUGCAAACAAAAGAUGGUCCUCUGUGCAGAUGCAUGCUUCAAAAUUCCAUUGUUUGUACCCCUCACAAUAGCAAAUUCUAUGCUGUUAAUGGGUUCCUUGACUUAAAUUCCAAAUCUCUUCUGCACCUUCGUGAUGGCAGAGCCCUUACCUACAUAAACUAUUUCGAUACUAGGCAUGGACUCAGUCUAACACAUGAAAAUCAACCCCUGUUGGCAGCCAGGAAUCCUGUUGAAGUGCGGAAUUUCCUCCAGAAGCGCCAUUAUAAAAAUAAAAAAGAAUCGCGCACUUCACAUGGUGUUGAGUUGCCACCCGAGCUCUGCAGACUAGUCAUGUCACCGGUGUCUAAUAACACUCUGUACAGCUUCUCGGUCAUUCCUUCUGUGAUGUACCGCAUCCAGUGUCUGCUUCUUUCAGCAAGGUUGAAAGAUCAACUGGGCCCAACAAUGCAGCAGUUUGCCAUACCAGCUCUGAAGAUUCUAGAAGCAGUAACAACCAAGGAAUGCCAAGAGGAGUUUUCACAGGAAUCAUUAGAAACUCUUGGGGAUUCUUUCCUAAAGUACGUCGCCACACAACAUUUGUAUGGCAAAUACAAGCUUCAGCAUGAGGGAACAUUAACCAAGAUGAAGAAAAACUUGAUCUCCAAUGCAGCUCUAUGCCAGCUAGCCUGCAGCAACAAUCUUGUGGGUUACAUUCAAGGGGAAGAGUUUAACCCAAAAGGUUGGAUCAUUCCAGGGCUUGGUUACGACAUGUGUGGUAACAGCAAAAUUUCCUUUUUAAGCUCCAAUGAUAUGCACAUUUUGAGAAAAAUGUCUGUUAGAAGUAAGAGAAUAGCAGAUACAGUUGAGGCGUUGAUUGGAGCCUACCUUGGUGCUGCCGGAGAACAGGCUGCAUUUGUUUUCCUAAAAUCAUUAGGAUUGGAUAUAGAAUUUCACAGCAAUAUUCCACUUGAAAGGAAGAUUGUAUUAAAAUCUGAAAAGUUCAUCAACGUGAGAAGUUUGGAAAUGAUUCUUGGUUAUGAGUUCAAGGAUACCUCAUUGUUGGUGGAAGCAUUGACACAUGGGUCAUACCAGACUGCUGGCGCUACUGCAUGCUAUCAGAGGCUUGAGUUUCUCGGUGACGCUGUGUUGGACCAUCUCUUCACUAUAUAUUUCUACAAUCAGUACCCUGAAUGUACUCCAGAAUUGUUGACAGAUCUUAGAUCUGCUUCCGUCAACAACAAUUGCUAUGCGCAUGCAGCUGCUAAAGCAGGACUAAACAAGCACAUUCUUCAUUCGUCAUUACAAUUGCAUGGAAGGAUGGCUUACUACUUUGAGAAUUUUAAGCAGCCAUUUACAGGUCCAUCACAUGGUUGGGAAGCUGGCAUUGGUCUACCCAAGGUUCUUGGGGAUGUUAUUGAAUCAUUAGCUGGUGCCAUUUAUCUUGACAGCAAGUAUGACAAAGAGGUGGUUUGGAAAAGCAUGAAACAGCUAUUGGAGCCUCUUGCGACGCCGGAGACGGUUGAGCGUGACCCAGUGAAACUGCUGCAGGAAUUUUGUGCUCGCAGGUCUUAUAGCAGUUCUUACACAAAGGCCCAUAAAGAUGGAGUAUCUUCGGUGGUUGUGGAGGUACAGGUAGAAGGCACUACCUACUCGGCAACAGAAACUGGCCCUGAUAAGAUUGUCGCCAAAAAGCUUGCAGCAAAGUCGCUGCUAAAUAAUCUGAAGGCUAUUGUACCAUGACACGCUGCGUUUGCAAAUGAUCUAACACUGUAUAGCUCCUUUCGACUUCACUUGUAUUUUAACUAGCCUGUAGGUAGCCUUUUGAAGUUUUUGUGGGAGUAGCGUGUACUUGACAAAUGUGCAGCUCAAUGAUUGCUUGUGAAUAUUUGUAUCAUGAAAUCUGGUUUGUUCAUGCUCCACAAAAGCAUCUAUUGAACUGCACAUCUGUAAAGUACGGGCAUAGUCUCUCAGAGCCAUGGUACAGGCGCCAAUGCUAUAGUAUUCCUACUUUUCUACUUGUACAGUUGUAAGCACAAUCUUGACUCUUGAGAGGGACGCUGGAAAAUCCUUUUCUCUCCAUAGGGCAGUGCAGUGCAGGUCAUUGUAUUAUUAUUUUUGGAAUGGCAGGAUUCCUGCAAUAAGAAAAGAGUUGUAAAGUUAAUUAUGAAAAA